AUGACGCAAAUGAAUAAUAUCUUGAAACAAAGGGAUCAAGUGAAAGAGAUGCAAACUUGGAAGGAAUUGAUACAAAAUGGAAAGUUUAGUACGAGAAAGUUUUAUUAUAAUUUUCUGGAACAACAUCAGACAGUGCCUUGGAGAAAAUUAUUUUAUGAUAACGCGGCCAGGCCGAGAGCCCUGUUUACCUUGUGGUUAGCUUGCCAUGAUAGACUUGCUACCAAGGCUAGAUUGAGAAAAUUCGGUAUAUUGACAAAUGAAGACAGUAACUUUUGUGAGAAUGUGGAAACUCUCCAACAUCUAUUCUUUGAUUGCAGGGUCACAAAGAACAUUUGGAGGAAUGUGCUGAAGUGGAUGAAUAUGGAUCAUAACCCACAAGGAUGGGCGCAGGAACUGAAAUGGCUAAUUGAGAAUAGUAAGAACAAGAGUUGGAAAGCUAAAAUUCUCAAGGUUGUUGUGGCAGAGACUUCUUAUGAGAUUGGGAAACAUAGGAAUGAUAGGAUUUUUGUAGAUAGGAUAAAGGAGAUGGAUAUAGAUUAG